UGAACGCCUGGUCAUUUAUUCAGUUUAAUUUUAGUUUUGAUUUUCAUUCUUGUGAUUAAUUGUUACUCUUUUAUGUUUAAUAGAAAUUUUCUUAAUCGAACUUGUUUUAUCGGCUACUACAAUCAACGGUGUUCCAUCAAAAUGUCCAACAAUCCAGAGCCCAAAGUGAUCAGUAUCUCACCAAUUGGCUCUUCUGGAUCAGCUUAUCUUAAACCGAUCAGAUUAAAUUAUACACUUGAUGGUAACAAACAAUUAGCUUGGGAUUGUGUCAAAGCUCAUGACAGUGUUGGAAUCAUAUUGUUUAAUAAGGAUAGAAAAAAAUUAAUUUAUGUUAAGCAAUUUAGACCUUCAUUGAUUAUCUCAUCAGCGAAAAAUUUUGACCUGGAAAAGGGGACAAUUGAAGUUGACCCAGCAAUUAAUGGAUACACUUUGGAAAUGUGUGCCGGGAUCAUUGAUAAACCAGGUUUAACCAUUGAACAAAUUGCCAAGGAAGAGGUUCUUGAGGAAACGGGUUAUGAUAUUCCCGUUAGUUCUCUUCAAUUUGUCUGUUCGUCACGUUCCAGUGUUGGAUUACAGGCUUCACUUCAUGCUAUUUAUUUCGCCGAAGUCACUGAUUCACAACAAAAAACACUCGGAGGUGGAAUAGACAAUGAAAGAAUUGAAGUUGUUGAGUUAACAAUUGAAGAAUCAAGGAAAUUACUUUGGUGCCAUGAUCGGGAUUCACCUUAUUCACGACCUGCUCAUAUGCUUUUAGGCUUAUCCUGGUUUCUUCUUGAACAUUAUCCCAAAAACUAUUCAUCAUAAUUAUAAGAUUAACAGAUGAAGUUCAAUUACUAAAAUCAAUUCAACAACUUUAAUGAUUUUGAUUUUCUGAUGAGCACUUGACCAUUUAUUUUAAACAGAAACAUUUAGCUUAAAAUUUUACUUGAAUAUUUUCAAAUACCGUUAAUUGUUUACCAUGAUUAAAACAAAUUCCUAAUCAA